UCCUUGGUGUGUUAAUAGCUAUUAAAUUGCUUAUAGCUUUUACCUUCAUCGUAUUAGGGUAGGCACACUGUACUACAGUCGUACACAGCAACAGUAAUCGAACAAGAACCCUCAGUGUCUUCGUUGCUAUUUCUAACCCAAAAUGAGUGCAGAAGUCCAAAAAAUCCUAAAACAAGUCGACGCCGUCUGUUUCGACGUCGACUCCACCGUGAUUCAAGAAGAAGGCAUCGAUGAACUCGCCAAAUUUUGUAACAAAGGCGAGGAAAUCCCCACUUUAACAGCUAAAGCCAUGUCGGGGUCUAUGACAUUUCAAGAAUCCCUUAAAGUCCGCCUGGGGAUUAUACAACCAACAUUGACGCAAAUCCGGGAUUUGUUUUUGCGCAGGUUAUGGCGGGAACGUUUUCAGGCCGAUAGUUCAAGCGAAAGCGAAGUGGUUUGUUACGGAUUUCAAUGAAAUAAUAGGACCCGAUUUAUAGAAAGCGAAGUUAAAGUUAAUUCCCUAUCAAUGUUUUAAACCAGUGAGCUGAAUAUUGUUAAUUAAAUUAAAUUAUUACGAGUAAUGUUAUUAGCAGGUGAACGGUGAGUAGACAAAAAAAACGCAAGAACUCGCCAAAGAACAACUGAUAAGAUUGUAGCAAAUUUUAACCCGAUAAAACGAUCAAAAAUCAAGGUUAAGAGUUACUCACCGCCCCCCAGGAUGGGGGUGUCGAACGUGAAACACCAAACCCAAACAAUUCCUCUAAUUUAACACAAUUAUACGAAGAAAAAACCACAGAUUGAACACUUUAAAUCAAGAGCAGACACUACAGCGAACAUUCUUGUCUCACACGGUGAUAGAUUUUCACUAAUGUUUUUAGAUGGUGUAAAAUGCGUUCCAAAGCGAUGUGUCUUAUUCGUUAUUAACUUUAAGCACUUGAUGAUCAAUUCAAUUCAUUUUCAAGUAAUGAGCAAUUGUAACCAUUUACUUUUUUUGAUUAAUUCAGUCACUUUGGUUAAUUAUUCCAAUCCCUGAUUAGGUGCGUGUUUAUCUUUAAAAAGUAAAUUUAG